AUGUUUGACUUUGACGCCGGUAUUGAGAGUCCGCACUCAUCGCAUGACAUAGUCCGCAGCGUCAGCCCUUCCAGCCUCGAAGGCCUCAGCAAGCCGGGCUCCCCACCGGUUCUUGAUCUCUCUGAUCUGGCCACACCCGACACAGACGACGAAGAGGAGAGCUACAUGCGCUUCGCGCCCCACCACUUUGGUCUCCCAUCUACCCUGCGAGACUUCAUGAUGGACAGCAAGAGGUCCAAGCCAAGCCAAGCCUCGGACUCUCCCUCGUCGCCCCUUGAUGCCCCGAGGGGACGCUCUCGUGGCUCGAGGCCAGUAGGCCGCGGUCGACAGCCCAGCUUUGCCACACGGCGCCGCUCACAGCAGGUCUGGCGUGAGCCCAGCCCCGACGUCUGGUCGAUCGAGGAGGAGACAGAGGAGGCCAUGAGCGAGCUCGGCAGCACCAUGGUCGCCGACAUCGAGGCUGGAGAGGUGCUCGCUUCGGCGAUGAAGAAGGACCGGACUCGGCCAGUAGAUAUACAGGCUGCAAAGCCGACGAAGAAGGUCAGGGGCGUUCAGGUUAAGGGAGCAUUUGCAUACACCACUUCGAUGGUUCCCGGAGGCAGGAUGGAUGCCUCGAGAUUGGUCUAUCAUCACCUAGUGUCACGUACAGCGAGAUGUGCCGGCAUGCAGUAUACACGGCGUUGGCAUGCCAGCCAGAGCGAUCCUGGAAAUCACAACCACAGUUAUCAUACAACCUCUUGCUGCGUGUCCUUUUGUGACUCUGCCAUGGCGAGGCUGCCUCCUCGUGCGAACAGCCUCGUUGCCUACGGCGAGGACGCCGACCGACUGCCUAACGUGACUCCUUCGGUUGCCUGCCAGGCAGAGGCGCUCACCCUGUUGCCCUGUUGCCCGUCAAUCGGUAUUACUCAGAGUUCGCCACCGGGAAGAGGGUGGCUCAGUGAGACAAGGCAGUCAUUCCGCAAAGUGGAAAUGCCAUGGCCGUUAUGGCCGUUUUGCACCCCACGAGGCUCAGCAGGUUCUGUGAAUUCCCAUCUGAUGGCAUCGAGAUCUGGUAUCACGCCUGCAGGUCCCGAUGUCUGGGAGUUCCAGGGAUGCGGCCUGGCAUAG